AUGGAGGGAAAACAAUACGUCACCAUUAUCUGCUGUCUACUGGUGGCCAUCUUGAGCACAGUCUGUCACAGCCAAACAUGGCGGCCCCAGGGAAGGUUUGGCAAACGCCUCAGUCCAAGUCGGGUUUCUGCUGAAGCGAAGAUGACACAUCAUCCGUCACGUGGCUUCUCCAGCUUUCACGACAUUCCUGUAGAGAUGUUCUUUACCGAAACAGAAGUUGAUCAGAUGAAGUUCAAACCGAGGCUCUGUUCCGUCUCCGGUCUUCGUGGAUACCCCGUCUGUAAUUUCGAGACGACUUCAUCUCGGAGAGACACUGAUGACCUCAGCAAAUACCUGGACAUAUGA